CAACUUUGAAGCAUCAUGGUCCAUAUAAUGUGACCGAGUUUCCUGGUGGUUUGAUUUGACUCCCAGCAUCCAGACCUAUUACCUUCAACCCUCUAUCCUGAGUCCAGCCCAGAGUCACUCUUUCACCAUGCUUUCUUCCUCCGCAUUCACUCUAUCUCUGGCCAUCGGCCUCCUCUCACCCGUAGCGGCUGGCAGAUCUGCCCGCAUGCUGCAAGCUCGUGAUGGGCCUUCGCCGGCUCUGCCCUAUGCUCCUGACACGUCGACCUACUGCACUUGGUGGGUGGAUGUCAGAGCAGGGACCACCUGCGACGCCAUUGUCAGCGAAAACUUCAUCACCCUGGAGCAGUUUAAGCGUUGGAACCCUUCCCUCGCCGCCACCUGUGCCGUAGAGGUCGGAAAGUCAUACUGCGUCGAGGCCUUUGGCGAACCUGCGCCGAGUCCCUCUACGACGUCUGUUCCCACGUCGACCACUUUGUCGAUCAGGACUUCCACCUCCACUUCAGUUACUUCCACUCGGCCACCAACUACCACCAUUAAGCCGUCGUCAUCGACUACGACGACGACAACCCCGGGAAACGGCAUCACCACCCCAACGCCCACCCAAGCUACCAUCGUGAACAACUGUGAUGCCUUCUACUUCGUUGUUGCCGGCGAUAGUUGCGACGCUAUUGCAGCCAAGCACGGCAUCACCGUGGCUCAAUUCCAAAGCUGGAAUCCCAGCGUCGGCGCGACCUGCACCGGACUCUGGGCCGAUGCAUAUGCUUGCGUCUCGAUUAUUGGUCAUACGCCGUCGCCCACUACUACCGGUAACGGCAUCGCCACUCCCACACCGACCCAGGCCACGAUCGUGAACAACUGCGACGCUUUCUACUUGGUCGUCGCCGGCGACAGUUGCGAGACGAUUGCGUCCAAGCACGGUAUUACUGUAGCCCAGUUCCAAAGCUGGAACCCAAGCGCGGGCGCGACCUGCACUGGGCUCUGGGCCAACGCCUACGCCUGCGUCUCCAUCGUCGGCCACACCCCGAGCAGGCCCCCUGCCACGACGACCACCGCUGGCAACGGUAUCGCCACUCCGACGCCCAUACAGCCCAACAUGGCGAGCAACUGUGACCGCUUCUAUAAGGUCAAGUCCGGAGAUACGUGCGCCGCCAUCGCCUCCUCGAACGGGGUCACGGUGCAGCAGAUUACGACGUGGAACCCGUCAGUCAAGUCCGACUGCACUGCGCUGUGGCUCGACUACUACAUCUGCACCUCUGUUGUCGGACACACGCCCACGACGCCGGGCAAUGGCGUCCAGACGCCCACGCCCAUCCAGAGCGGCAUGACCACCUCCUGCAAGACCUUCCACUUCGUCACCUCCGGCCAGACCUGCGACGUCAUCACCGCGAGGUACGGCAUCACCAGGGCCAACUUUUUCCGUUGGAACCCCGCUGUUAAGAGCGAUUGCACUGGCAUGUGGGCCAAUGCCUAUGUUUGCGUUGCCGUGUUGUAAUAGAUGGGAUCGGUCUUGAGGUAGAUCUGCUACGAGAGGAAGGAUAUUCAAGUAAUCGG